AUGCCUGAUCAUAACAAACGAGGGAAGGCCCAAAAGGCCGCGAAUAAAGAAAAGCGCGCCAACAAACACAACAACAAAUCACGCAACGGCUACCACGGCAACCCUAACGCCGCGAAGGCGGGGCGUGGUCGGCGAGACCGCGAGCCGUCCUACCUGUCCAGCCGAACGAACGAGCGGCAGAACCGCCCGGCGGCGCACACCUUUGAGGGCAAAGACCCUUUGGACCAGCAGCUCUUCGACUUCCUCAUCGUCGUCGACGUGGAGGCGACCUGCGAGGCCCGCCAGGCGAACUUCCCCCACGAGGUGAUCGAAUUCCCCGCCCUGCUGGUGGACAUCCGGCGCGGGGUGGUCGACCCGGGGCGGUCCUUUCGGACCUUCGUGAAGCCCUGGCGAAACCCCGUCUUGACGGAGUUUUGCACAACUUUGACAGGGAUUCAACAGGCCGACGUCGACGGGGCCCCGGACCUCGCGGAGGCGAUUCGGCGCUUCGAGAAGUGGUAUCUCCAGACUAUCCCACGAGGCGCCAAGGUGGUCUUCGCCGCGGAUGGCCCGUGGGAUUUCCGAAAAUUCUUUUACGAAUACCACGUCCUCCGGGAUCACGUCCGCCUCCCGAGUAUUUUUUACGAAUAUUUGGACAUCCGCACCACCUUUUCUCGAUAUUUUAAUCACGGCAGCCCAAUGAAACUCGACGCGAUGUUGUCGAGUAUGGGACUGGCGUUUGAAGGCCGUCCGCAUUGCGGCUUUGACGACGCGUACAAUAUCGCACGGCUGGCGAUUGCGAUGAUGAAGGCGGGGUGUGUGUUUGACUUUCUCGUCGCCAUUCCCUUGGAGGAUAAAUUCCACUAUCAUUUGGAGGGAUACCCACUAUAUAGGCGGCACGAGGGCAGCGGCCAGGUCGACCAAGAUGUCGUGGAUGAUAUCGCCAAGAAGUGCUUUGGGCAGCUCUACUUUAGCUUUGGAAAGACUCAUCGCAAGGAAACUUUAGAAUACCGGGAAAAGCACUCAAACGCGUUUAAAACCCGUCAAAAUGUUUUGCCCCUCCGGCGAUUCAUACGCGUUUUUCAACAAUAUUGGUGGCUCAAGGUCUUGUGUGCCCUACUAGUUCUCGUUGUGGUUUUGCUUCAAAUCUUCAGAUGA